AUGGGUGAGAACAUACCACCUGUAGCACGAACCGUUCGAAUGCAACUACAAACAUUUGAGUUUCUCAGAGAAUUAAAAAACGAAUUAAUUGAAUCAACCAAUCAUACACAAAUAACGCGAGGGGAAGUAGUCAGAUUACAUUGCUUCUCGGAACAUAUAAGAAGGGCGAAUAGUAAUAUGACCAUACCUUUCAGGCCGAAUGUCUUAGCACGGGUCAUGAUCCAUGUUAAAGAUUUUGUACGCACAGUUAUCUUAAGACCAAAUCAUAAUCGACCAAUGUGUGUAGAGUUGGGUUUACUAAUAGAACAACUAAUCAGAAGACGCGACAUCAUUGAAACGAUUUUCGAAGAAUAA